UCUGUUGCAUUUGGCCCUCAGCCCUCUGACCAGCCCAGUCCUGCAACAGCUCUUCGCAGGAAGCAUACAUGAGCGAGAAAGCAGAAGCUUUCUGAGUUUCGAGAAAAGUUGUCAGUGUCUGUCUUCAGCAUGGCCGGGGGCUCUGUGUUUGAGUGUAAGGAGUACCUGUUCAAAGUGCUGGUCAUCGGGGAAUUAGGUGUCGGGAAAACGAGCAUCAUCAAACGCUACGUGCACCAGCUUUUCUCGCAGCACUACAGGGCGACGAUCGGGGUCGACUUUGCACUUAAAGUUAUCAACUGGGACAGCAAAACGCUGGUCAGGUUACAGCUGUGGGAUAUCGCAGGUCAGGAACGAUUUGGGAACAUGACGCGGGUGUAUUACAAAGAGGCUGUGGGGGCAUUUGUGGUGUUCGAUGUGACGAGGGGCUCCACGUUUGAGGCGGUGUCUAAGUGGAAGCAUGACCUGGACAGCAAGGUGAAGCUGGCUAAUGGCAGCCCCAUCCCCUCCGUGCUGCUCGCCAAUAAAUGCGACCAGAAGAAAGACAGCUCCAACAACACGGCCCUAAUGGACACUUUCUGCAAAGAGACUGGCUUUCUGGGCUGGUUUGAAACCUCAGCUAAGGACAACAUCAACGUGGACGAUGCAGCACGUUUCCUGGUGGAGAAUAUCUUGGCUAACGACAAAGGUUUGCCAUAUGAGGAGAGCAAUGGAGAGCGGAUCAAACUGGACCAGGAGACUGUGGCUGCUGAGAGCAAGUCAGGCUGCUGCUGACACUCGAUCCAUUUACAUUAGCCAUCCGCCUGCCUUUGGCAGGGUCCAGCGCGAGCACACAGCCUGUGGCUCUCAGCCCUCUACUGGAGCCUCUCGGAGGAUUAUGAGUUCUUUGGUCUUCAAAGCUCCAGAAUCUUCUCCUCUCUGCACUGAUGCCCGUUUGCCCUGCACAUCUAAGUUUCUCAUUGUAGUUUUCCCUAGGCCAGAAUAGAAGCCCACUUUUAUCUCGAUGUUGUCACUGCCUCUAUCAGGCUGUUUCCUUCUUUGUCCCACACCUCUAAACCACAUCUAUAGUUCCCUGAUUGUGUAUUCCACCCCCAACUAUAAACCCCAACCAGCCCUACACACAUCCUGUUGCCUUGAUAGCCACUGAAGCCCUGGACUAUACCACGUUUGAAAAAGGGCGCAAACUAAGCAGUUAUAAAACACAAGCUAGAAAACAACCUGUAGCCUCCUAAUUUCUGUCACGUUGGUCUUUUCUCUGUCAAUAUCCUUGUCAUUCAACAUUUAACUGUGAAACGAGACACUUUUUUUGUUGAGUGUUGAAGUAUUUCUCCAGUUAACACAGAUGGAUGUUAAUGACAAUACCGGCUGUUCUUAAUCUUUAUCAAAGUGAACAAAAACUCUAACUGUACUAUAUGUGACACUGUCUUUCCACCAGUAUGAAAAUGUAGAUCUGAUUUACAGUAUGUAUUUUUUUUUUUUAUGUGUUGGGUCAUUCAUUAUGCAACGGGUGAGCUAUCGUAACAGAAUAAGAUGGAGGACUACACUCACUCUAGUACAUUAAAGUGUUCAGAUGAAAUAUGAAGGAUUUUUAAAAAAACGUUGAGAUUAAGUUUAUAUGUGAAAAUAUUUUAAAUAUACAAGACCAAAAUAGAAUAAACAUUUUUGUUGCCUACUAGUGAUUAGUCUGUUCAAAUGUAUUUGUCUGAUGUAUUUAAACGUGUUCAUCUGCU